AUGGAUUCUUCAACAACGAAACCAAAAAACCAACGUGCUACGCACGAACAAUUAGAAACUUACGUUUCAUUUUGCCGGGUGCAUCCGGAAAUCGGUAGAGGAAAAAAUACGCCAAAAUCGCUUCGACAAAUGCAGGAUUUGUGGCGGCAGCUGGCGGAGCAGUUAAAUGCGUGCAGAGGGCCAUCUCGUACUGCAGCUAAGUGGAAAGAGACAAUGGGUGUUUGGAAGAGCCAACUACGUACGCGGGCAAGGCGCUUAAAAAUGGAGCAGAGGCUCACUGGAGGAGGGCCCUGUGGUAAGCCGUUGACCGAUUUCGAGCAAAAAUCUUUGGCAGCUUUUGGAUCAGUAGCUGUGGAUGGAGUGAAAACUAUUAAAAGCUUUGGUUUAGGGCUGCCGCGAAAACAAAUUGUAGAAUCGUCGAUAAUUGAGUGUCCAAUACCAUCUACUGAAAGUAGACUGCCUAGUUCAGCACCACUGCCAAGCCUAUUAUUGUCGCCAACCCCACUACCUUCGCCAAACCCACUACCAUCGCCAGGCCCACUACCAUCGCCAAAUUCAGCACAAUCUCCAUAUGAUUCACCGUUAUUUAGCCCGGAUAAUCAGAUUGACACCGAUUCGGAUGCCAGGACAUCACGGCCAUCACGAGGGGAGCGCAAUAAGCUAAUUAGUACUCUUAUUGCUAACAUAGCAAAGAGGAAUGCUGCUGAAGAACACAGGCAACAUCGUGAAGAGGAACAGCGUCGGGAGCACCGGGAAGUAAUACAUGCCAUCCAUAACCUAACAAGAGUUGUCGCAGAGUUAAUAAAUGUUUUAAAACAAAACUCUGGUCAUUAG